GCCCAGCUAAACGAAAGGCAGUUAAGGAAGCUAUUAAAGGUCAAACUGGCAGCUUGCUUCGAAGUGUCUUCGGACGUUUGGCCUACCUGCGCACUAUCCUAGUUGGCCACACAGCUAUAUUACCUAGUAAAGUAUUAGGUCACGUUCUUGCAAUUAGUUUUCCAUACUUUUAGUGGAGUUGAACCAUGGAGUUUACCACACGAGUGGAUAACUCUACAAACCCGAACUUUCCUCAUAUUUACUCCUUCCAUACUCGGGAGCAGUGGCCGCAGCCGAGUUCAACCUAUACUGUCUUUCACGGCGACACUCCUGAACUGCCAGUUUACAUUCCGAAGUACACUGUCACUCCAGCGACCGCGGCGCUGGCCUCUCGACAUGGAUCCAGUCCUUAUUCGUUCCGGGCAACAGCGGAGAAGGUUGGGACCGAUUCAGAGGGCCGCACAACUUACCGCUACAGCGGCUCGCCUAGCAACGCACCGUCUUCAUCUUCAAGCAAGCCUUUCUCGAGCACCCUCGGGUCCAGCGGCCUUCCCCCUGUAGCAUAUAAGCCCUACCUCACGGAGUACGUCGAUGAGUACCGAGAGCCCGUGGAGCACAUGGACACGCUAAAAACGCUAACGCAAAAAUUCAACACAACGGGCGGCACACGCGUCACGAAACGCAGCACACGGUCAGAUGGCCUUCCAAAAUACGAGACCAGAGUCGUUGCCUUUUAAGGUGCUGCCAACCGGUGACUACCCGGUACGCUUGCACUAGUGGCGAACGGCAGUGAACUGCCUGUGUGCCCAAUACUGGGCGUUACCGGUAGGUCACCAGCUAGCCGCAGAGCGAGCGUAUGGCGGCAUGGUUUGCCCUCCACAUCGGCCAUCUGCUACUAGGCUAGAACGAGUAAAACUGGGACUUGUCAUGCUGCCGGCGAUAAGUGUAUGCCGGUUGCCCAUUUCCAAUUAAUUCACAGCGGGGGUGGCUCCUCGUCUGGUGCCUCUGGGCGUGCAAAUUAGGAUUGCCAAACAAGACUACGGUUUCUAGUAUUGCGGCGCCUGGAAUGCGGCUUGUGCCUUUCUCGUGUACGGAUAAACAGCGUACGGUUCUUCAGCGGUGAUGAUCGUGACUCCAAGAGCUUGUUCAGUGUUAGCUUUGCCAAGCAUGGGUGGUGCUGGUUGUUCGCUGGGAUGUUUGUUAUGUUGGGCAGGAACGCAGGAGUGCGACACAGCGCUGGCAUGGGGCAGGAUUGGUACCAUGAAACCCUUAUUCCUUGUAUUCUUUCAGCUGGUGUGCAAUAGGUGCCCCGACCUUUUAAAUUUUUGGAGCUACUUGUAGCAAGGUCACCGUGCUUUCAAGGGGUGGUGGGACCCCUGGUUGGGUCAAAUGCACGGUGUCUUGAAUGCGACCCUUCGGAGAGGGCAUUUAUUUCUAUGGAAAUUUACUGGCAGACUCUAACUCCGUGCCCAAUACCGUUCGGUUGUCCUUCUAUGUAUGUUGUGAGGCGACAGCGCUCCGGAAAGCGGGGUUAUAUCGCAUGGGAGCUGGUCAAGGCAGGGUUAUUGUAGGAUGGGAUGCCUUACUGGUGACCAUUGACCAACAGCUUACCAACGCAAUAACGGUGAUCAUAAUGUGUUUCUGUAAAUGUUCUGCUUUAUCUACGGC